UCACAAGGAAUGAAGCAACUCAUUGUCCAUGUGGACAACCUGUUUUCGACUUCCCCACAUGGGGCGCUCAUUCAACAUCGUCUUCCUCCGGUUGCCAAUGACAGCAGUCAGCUGAGGAUUUUGCAUUACUUGAUUCAGUGUAGCCGAAGCAGCACCGUAGUCCUCUAGCCUUGACAUUGUUGGAGAAUGCCUAAAUUGGGAUAGCUGGUGUUGUGAAGACAAGUCACCUUGUUAUGAAAACCAUUUUCCUUGGAGCAGGUGGAAACAGUAGAGUGGAGCCGCUACACAAUGUACUCAGACUGGCGCUCGCUGCACCUAAUGGUGCAGAGUGACCAGGGCCACCUCAGUGUCCUUCACACGUACCCUGGAGGCGUGGGGUUGGAGGUGGCCAACGCAGUGGUCAAACCCCUGGGGAUGGCCGCCAUCCCCAUGGCCACCGAGAACAUCCUCAAGACGGACAAAGAGGUGAAGUGGACCAUGGAGGUACUGUGCUAUGGCCUAACUCUUCCCCUGGAGGGGGACACAGUGAAGCUGUGUGUGGACGUAUACACAGACUGGAUGAUGGCCCUGGUGAUGCCCCGGGACUCCAUUCCACAGCCGGUGGUGAAGGAGCCCAACCUGUAUGUCCAGACCAUCCUCAAACACCUCUACAACGUCUUCUUACCCAGGCCGGAGCAGUACAGUCUGAGCCACAUCCGGCUGUGCCAGCAGGUGCUGACGGCAGUACAGAAGCUGGCCAGGGAGUCCGUCUCCAUGGUGAGAGAGACCUGGGAGGUACUGCUGCUCUUCCUGCUCCGGAUCAACGACACGCUGCUGGCCCCGCCCACCAUUGGAGUGGGUGUGGCAGAGAAGCUGGCGGAGAAGCUGAUGGCGGUGCUUUUUGAGGUGUGGCUGCUGGCUUGCGCCCGCUGCUUCCCCACGCCGCCCUACUGGAAGACUGCUCAGGAGAUGCUGGCCAACUGGAGGCACCACCCACCCGUGGUGGAGCAGUGGAGCAGGGUGGCCUGCGCCCUCACCUCCAGGCUGUUGCGGUUCACCCAUGGCCCCUCGUUCCCCCCGUUUAAAGUCCCUGAUGAGGAUGCCAACCUGAUUCCAGUAGAGAUGGACAACGACUGUGUUGCCCAGACCUGGUUCCGCUUCCUCCACAUGCUGAGCAACCCCGUGGAUCUGAGCAACCCGACGUUGGUUAGCACCACGCCCAAGUUCCAGGAGCAGUUCCUCAACUCGAGCGGCAUCCCCCAUGAGGUAGUGCUGCACCCCUGCCUCAAGCAGCUUCCCCAGAUCUUCUUCAGGGCCAUGCGGGGGGUCAGCUGCCUGGUGGACGCCUUCCUGGGCAUAUCACGGCCCAGGGUCGACAGUGCCCCGCCCACACCGGUCAACAGACUGAGCAUGUCCCCUCCCUCCUCCAACAACACCACGCCCCCACACAGCCGCAAGCAGCGACACACCGUGGUCACAAAAACCGCCAGCAAGAGUUUAACGGGCAGUGCAGCCCAGCCAGCCAAAGUGUCUGCGUCUCAGCAGCUGUCGUCAUCACCCACCAUGCUGGCCAGCCCCACCCAGAGCAGUUGGGAGAUGCAGCCGCUGCCCGCCCCAGCCAGGCCUAAGGUCAACAGCAUCCUCAACCUCUUCGGUCAGUGGCUGUUUGACGCAGCGCUAGUGCACUGCAAGCUCCACAGCGGCCUCAGCCGAGACCCCAGCAUGACUGCCAUAGCCACUCAGGUGGGUCUGGAGCUGAGAAGGAAGGGAUCCCAGAUGUCCACCGACUCCAUGGUGUCAAACCCCAUGUUCGACACUAACGAGUUCCCCGAGAGCUACGAGGCGGGCCGUGCAGAGGCCUGCGGUACCCUGUGCCGCAUCUUCUGCAGUAAGAAGACUGGAGAGGACAUUCUCCCAGUCUACCUGUCCAGGUUCUACAUGGUUCUGAUCCAGGGCCUCCAGAUCUCUGACUUCAUCUGCAGACCCGUGCUUUCCAGCAUCAUCCUCAACUCCUCCUCUCUGUUCUGCUCCGACCUGAAGGGCGUCAACGUGGUGGUCCCCUACUUCAUCUCAGCUCUGGAGACCAUUCUGCCAGACAGGGAGCUGUCUAAGUUCAAGCUGUACGUGAACCCCACUGACCUGAGGAGGGCUUCCAUCCACAUCCUACUGGCCAUGCUGCCGCUCCCACACCACUUUGGCAACGUCAAAUCCGAGGUUCUUCUGGAGGGGAAGUUCAGUGAUGAUGAUGGGGCACCCCACGACCAGUCCCUUUCCUUCCUGUCCCUGAGGCUACGUCUUGUCAACGUCCUCAUCGGAGCCCUGCAGACAGAGACGGACCCCAACAACACCCAGCUCAUCCUAGGUGCAAUGCUUAAUAUUGUUCAAGACUCUGCUCUUUUGGAGUCCAUAGGUGCACAAACUGAAACGGGCAGUGUGGAUGGGAGCCACGCGGGGCUGAAGGGCCACAGCCGCACCAGCAGUAGCUUCAGCUUUACUAGCGGGGGCAGCACUGGCACUGAGGCCACCAGCCCAGACUCAGAGCGCCCGGCCCAGGCACUACUCCGGGACUACGAUACUGCGGCGGGCCUCCUGGUGCGCAGCAUACAUCUGGUCACCCAGAGGCUCAACUCCCAGUGGAGGUCCGACAUGAGCAUCUCAUUGGCUGCCCUGGAGCUGCUGGCUGGCCUGGCCAAGGUGAAGGCGUGUGUGGACUCUGCGGACCGUAAGCGUGCUGUCAGCUCAGUGUGUGGUUACAUCGUGUACCAAUGCAGCCGGCCGGCCCCCCUUCACUCCAGAGACCUCCACUCCAUGAUCGUAGCAGCCUUCCAGUGUCUGUGUGUGUGGCUGACUGAGCACCCAGACAUGCUGGAUGAGAAGGACUGUCUGAUGGAGGUAUUGGAAAUUGUAGAGCUGGGUAUCUCAGGCAGCAAGUCCAAACAGGAGCAGGAGGUGAGACACAAGGGAGAGAAGGAGCACAACCCCGCCUCCAUGAGGGUCAAGGAUGCAGCAGAGGCCACCCUCUCCUGUAUUAUGCAGGUCCUGGGGGCCUUCCCAUCCCCAAGCGGCCCGGCCUCUACCUGCAGCCUGCUAAACGAGGACACUCUGAUCCGCUACGCCCGGCUCAGCGCCACGGGGCCCAGCAACUUCCGCUACUUUGUCCUGGACAACUCGGUCAUCCUGGCCAUGCUGGAGCAGCCACUGGGCAAUGAGCAGAACCCCAGCCCGUCAGUGACGGUCCUAAUCCGGGGCAUGGCCGGCCGACACGCUUGGACUAUGCAACUCUUCCACCAGCCCAGAGGAGCACGGGCCAACCAGAGGCAGGUGUUUGUCCCUGAGGGCCGCCCAGCGCCUAACAAUGACGUGGGGAUUCGCUACACUGUCAAGCAGAGGCCCUUCCCUGAGGAGGUGGACAAGAUCCCCCUGGUCAAAGCCGACGUCAGCAUCCCAGACCUGGACGACAUCGUUAACAAAGAGCUGGGGAUGCAGCAUGAUAGGCUGCGCAGCAUGAUGACCAAGCAGAUUGAGUAUGAGUGUUCCCUGGAGCGCCACAGCGAGGACGUCUGGAGUUCCAAGUCAUUCCCAGACCCCCUGACUGACUGCAAACCCCCUCUGCCCGCCCAGGAGUUCCAGACAGCCCGCCUCUUCCUCUCUCACUUUGGCUUCCUAUCUCUAGAGGCACUGAAGGAACCGGGCAACAGCCGUUUACCCCCUCACCUCAUCGGACUGGAGUCCUCAAUGCCAGGGUUCUUUGAUGACAUCGCCUACUUGGACCUGUUGCCAUGCCGACCUUUUGACACUGUCUUUGUGUUUUACGUGAGGGCGGGACAGAAAACCAGCCACGAGAUCCUGAGGAACGUGGAGACAUCAUCCAGUGUCCAGCCCCACUUCCUGGAGUUCCUGCUGUCUCUGGGCUGGCCCGUGGAUGUGGGCCGGCACCCCGGCUGGACCGGACACCUGGACACCAGCUGGUCCCUUAACUCCUGCAGCAGCGACAACGACUCACAACAGAUAGAGGAGGCAGCUCCACCGGGGGACACGGGAGGUUCUGUAUUCAAUGGGGAGAAGAAGGUGCUCUACUACGCCGACGCUCUGACUGAGAUCGCCUUUGUCGUUCCAUCGCUGACAGACUCCGAAGAUUCCUCGGUGCACAGUGACUCUACAGUGGAGGCGGACACACACACAGACCUCCUGCCUAGUUUACUAAAACAACCCAAGCUAACACUGGAGCUCUUCCCCAACCACUCAGACAACCUAGCAGCUUCCCAAAGGCAGAAUUCUAUGGUGAAGACUAAGAGGUCCUCCACAGGAAAGACUGCCCCUCCCCUGGGGCCUGAGACUAAGGUGCUAGUGGUCUGGGUGGAGCGCUACGAUGACAUCGAGAACUUCCCUCUGUCUGAUCUCUUGGCGGAAACCGGUACUGGUUUGGAGGCGAACAACAGCACUUCCUGCAGGUCUGGGCUCCUGGAGAAGGACAUGCCCCUGAUCUUCAUCCACCCCCUAAGGACGGGUCUGUUCCGGGUCAGGCUCCACGGGGCCAUGGGCAAGUUCAACAUGGUCAUCCCCCUGGUGGAUGGCAUGGUGGUCAGCCGCAGAGCACUAGGGUUCCUGGUGCGCCAGACGGUCAUCAACGUGUGCCGGCGGAAGCGACUGGAGAGCGAGACGUACAGCCCGCCGCACGUCCGGCGCAAGCAGAAGAUUGCAGACGUCGUGCACCGCUACCGCAACAAGCAGCUGGAGCCCGAGUUCUACACCUCACUCUUCCAAGACGUGGGGGAGGGGAGGCCUGUUCACCUUUGACCUCUCCCCUCCCUUUGAAAAACACUAACACACACACUCUCACACACACACACACAGCCCCAGAUUCUCUAUAUUUAUACAGUUCUAUUUUGUUAUUUAUGUCAAACGCUGCCAUUGACGUCGAGAGCAGUGUCAAAAAAUGUUACCAGGUGCAAGCAGUACAUUUGUAGUACGAACACAUCUGAGCCUGUCUUUUUGGUGGCUACUAAGCCCCAGUUAAGCUCGGGACACUUGGCAUUGAAAAUAUACUGCACAUCCUUAUCAGUCUACUCUAUGCUUUGUGGCACCAGUUUCUGACGCUCUAUAAUUUGCAAUAGGAUAAUCUACUUUUGGUCUUUUUUUAAUAUUGUGAUGAAGAGUGGACAACGUUAUUGGCCUUUUAAUUCUCCAUUUUAGAGUUUCUGUUUUUAAUGAAGAUGGAGCCUAAAUGUAGAUGGACCAGACUCCUAAUUAUAGGGUUACUUGAUCAUUUUACAUGUAUCAUAUCGAUACAGAUGGGGAGAGGAAGGAGAGACUCUGGGAUUUGGGCCGAUACCGUGCGGGUGGUUGUGGUGAGAGAUUUGGUGAACUGCAGUUGGAUCAAGACAUUUUACGCGAUGGAUCCAUAUAUUACUUUGAAAGUGUUUACAUCUUAUCUAAAAACGAUUGUAAAAAAAAAAAAAAAAAGUAUUCUCCUCUCAUGUAUCUGUCCAAAGUCUUCUAUUUCAUUGAGAAAAUGGAGUUGAACAUUGCAGCAAUAUUAGGCAUUGGUCAGCUUACUUACUGAGUCUCAAAACAUGGAAAAAAUAAGCAAAGACAUUUAAAGAGGUACUUCACCCCCUUAUCUAAAUUAUUCUGUUUUCAUACCAGUUUUAAGGUGUAGUGGUGAACUAUCCCUUUAAUGUUGGUCAGCUGCUAACUGAGAGAUUGCAUAGAUAUUGUUCUUACAAUGAAGUAGACCAGUGUUAUUCAUUCCGGCACUGAACCAUUUUGACGUGUAGGUCAUAUUACACUGUUUGUGUGAGACUGCAGAUGUCAACAUUGCAUCUGAGGUGUUUCUGCUCUCGUCUGCAAGUCUAAUCAGAUCAGUCACUCCAUCCCACGCAACGGCAUGUCUAUACUGUAUGCGUGAUGCAACACAUGGAAGUGAUGGAAGAUGAGCAUACGGUUCUUCUCCUUUCUGCUGAUGGCACAUGGUUCUUCUCCAUUCUGAAGAAGGCACACUUUUUGUCAGAUGAUGUGUCUAGGCAUUGCUCUUCUUUAUCAGAAAUGCAUCUCCUUGUGUACGGAGAAAAGUUGUUGGUCUCUUUGAAUGUGUGAGAUUGUCUCAAUCUAUUUAGUUUUUUGUUGCAUCUUCUAAAACAAAACGUUAUGCGAAAAUAAUACACUUUGUUUCAUUGGAUGGCAAGUUGACUGAUAGGCUAGUUGUAUUAAGGAAAGGUCAAGUACAGUUACAUGUGAUUAGGAAUCAGAAAAUGAUUAGAAUUAACAGAUUUUCAUAUUCACUGCAAAUUAACAGUUUUAUACCAUCUAUACAAUCGUGAGUUUACUUUGCGUAUUGCAAUUGGUUUACCAAUUUUUGUUUUUGUUUACUUACUGUGCUUUUGAAAGCCCUGAAGCAAACCCUUUACUGUCUGCCUGUAAUAAUUUGCAUUUAUUUAUGGCAAUGAUUGAAAAGGAUAAACCUCCAUACAUAUUUAUUUGAUCUUUAUGCACUGAGCACAUUUUUAUAUAUAUUUUUUUUAACUUACAAUUUUUUUUUUUUUUUUUUUACAGUGGUCUGCAGUUUGGAGAUAUACUCAAGGAAGAGUUUUAUCUUAUGAAAUGUAAAUGAUGAAAAUACUUUGUUUGUUAAAAUAGACCCUAACGCAAUGGGGCGGUAGCACUAUAGAUCCAGGGGUGUGUCAGAAAUAUUUUAGCUAUUUUCACAGUGGGAAUUAUGGGUACAGUAGCUGGCUGUGGUGCGAAAAGGCUGGGUUUUGAUGAAUAAAUAAGUUAUAGAUGUGUUGAGGUGCUCCCUGGCUAAAUAUGUGGUUGCUUCAAGUUGUGUAUUUCCUUUAUUUUGUUAUCCAAUCCAAUUGGACAUGCCAGACGUUGUCAAAAAGCAACAUUCAAUUUACUAUUGAUAAGACCCCAAAAAAGACAGUUAAUAAUACUCGUCAAAUUCGAAUAAAAACAAAACAACUUGUUUGAAAUAGGCUACAUCUAAAUCCAUUUACAGGCACCAAUUACUCCCUGUGGGCAUAUAAUAUUCAGACAAUGUAGACAAUGGAGGGUUUUACACACACACUUUUCACAGGAGCUGGAAAAAAUUUGAAUAGAUCUUUAUUUGUCUGAAAUAGACCCCUUAGUCUUUGACAUGUUUAAUCUAUCAUUGAAUUAGAUUGUCUUACUUUUUGAUGGUUUUAUGAAUGUAUGUGCUUUUGCACAUAGCCUACCUUUUUUUUGUUCAGGAAAACAAGUAUGGAAUAUUAAUUAAUCAAAGCAAUUGCAUACAAUCAAUAGCUAAUCUUAUCCUGAAUUACUUAUUUGUCGUUUGGUAAUAUUUAAGAACUUGUGUUGUACAGAAAGGAAUAAUUAUAUGUAAAAUAUAAGAAAUGGUGAGGUUUGUCUGUUGCAUUCCUCUUUUAAAAAGGCAAAAACAAAAUGUAUGUAUGCAACUGUCUGGGAGAAUCACAGUGGAAAAUGAAUGUAACCUGCAUUGAUUAAAACGUAUCUUUUCAUUGAAUCCUUUUGAUCCCCAACCUUUGUUUACAUGGUGUCUGAGGAAUAAAGUUGAAUCACACUUUUU